AUGAAAGAUCGAGUGACUCCUUCACCACCGGAAUCCUCGCAUUUCGACGAGAAGAUGGGCGAGACGGCGGUACAUGAAGAUGUGGUGGCGGCGAAGGGCGAGGGAAAUGGAUCCUCCCACAAUGGCCUUCCUGCCCCAUUCACAGUCGACGUGCAAGCAGAAACUCGACUUCGCAGGAAGAUUGACUGGUACAUUGUCCCGACCGUUGCGAUACUGUACCUAUUCUGCUUCAUCGAUCGGGCGAAUAUUGGAAAUGCACGACUCGCCGGGCUGGAAAAGGACCUGAAAAUGAACCCCAAGUCUUACGACUACAACAUCGUCCUCACCACCUUCUACAUCUCCUACAUUCUCUUUGAGAUCCCCGCCAACAUUGCCUGCAAAGCCAUCGGUCCCGGCUGGUUCCUCCCCGCCACAUCGCUCGCCUUUGGUGUCCUGACUGUAGCAUGCGCUUUCGUCAACGACAGGGCCCAAAUCUGCGCCGUUCGCUUCCUCCUGGGAAUCUUCGAAGCUGGAAUGCUCCCCGGAAUCGCAUACUACAUGUCCCGCUGGUACCGCCGCUCCGAACUGGCAUUCCGUMUGGCGAUGUAUGUAGUCAUGGCACCUCUCGCUGGAGCUUUCGGAGGACUCUUCGCCUCGGCAAUCCUCACCCUCAACCAAUUCGGCUCGGUAUCAGACUGGCGCAUGAUUUUCGCCAUUGAAGGAAUCAUCACCGUCGGAGUCUCCCUCAUCUCCUUCUUCACCCUCACCGACCGUCCCGAAACCGCCAUCUGGCUCACCGCAGAGGAGAAAGCUCUCUCAAUUGCUCGAAUUCAAUCCGAAAGGACAGCGGGAACCGCAGUGCUCGAUAAGCUCGACAAGAAGAAGCUCAAAGCUGGAAUCCUCAACCCCAUCACCCUCUCCGUCAGUCUCAUCUUCCUCUUGGAUAACAUCACCGUCCAAGGUCUCGCCUUCUUCCUCCCCACCAUCGUGCGAGGAAUCUACCCGAAUGUCUCCCGCGUGCAACAACAACUCCGUACCGUACCCCCAUAUGCCGUCGGAGCCGUCACCACUCUCCUCUCAGGGUACGGAUCCAGUAAGAUGGACCGCCGAGUCAUCUGGUACAUUGGCAGUGCUCCUCUCAUGAUGAUCGGCUACAUCAUGUUCCUCGCCACCGACACCACCGAGGGCCUGACUCGCUACGGCGCAACUUUUCUCAUCACCGUCGGAGCAUUCAAUUUCGGCGCUCUAGCCAACGCGCAAGUUUCCGCCAACGUCGUCUCCGACACUGCUCGUUCCUCUGCGAUUGGAACGAAUGUCAUGUUUGGCAAUAUUGGAGGGCUUAUCAGUACCUGGAGUUUCUUGGCCGAUGAUGCGCCGAAUUAUCCUACGGGUAAUGGAUUGAAUCUCGCUACUGCGACUUGUAUUUUGCUGCUGAGUGCUGGAUUGUGGGUGUGGAUGAGAAAGGAUAAUCAGAAGAGGGAUGAGGGGAGGAGUAAAGUCAAACAUGAGGAUUUGGUGGGUAUGAGUGAGAUGGAGGUCGAGGAUUUGGAUUGGAGGCAUCCGGAUUUUAGGUGGAAGCCUUGA